AGCUGUCAGUUGUGUUUGUUAUUACUGGUUAUGACUAAUAAAUAAUUGAAGUUAUCUGUGUUAACAUAAAUAAUAAUUCGCAAUUUGAGUAAAUAUGUAUUCGAAGAAAAAAACUGAACGUCCGAAAAGAAGUCGUGAUGGAAACUUGUCUCAGUAUGGUUUAUUUGAUAUCCCUACCGAUUUAUCUUUAAAUGACGGCGAUGAUGGGUCCGGAAGUGGUGGUGAUAGUGAUUUGGAAGCUGAAUUAUUGGCUAUAACUAGUGGUUCAAAUCCAUCAAGGCCAGCAAGAAGGAAACCAAAACCAACAGUGAAUUUAGAUUCAAUGGUCAAAGAGAGUUUAAAAGAUAUCCCAAGUGAUGAAGAGCUGUCAGGAGAUGAUGAUGAUCCUGAUUUACUUAAUGAAUUAAGUGAAAUUACAAAUGAUGAAUUUGUGGAAGAAAUCCCACAAGAAUCAAGUCCCACCAACAAUGAUGUACCAAAUGAAAUGUUGAAUCUGUUACAAGAAAGGUUGAAAAUGUAUGAGUUAGCACAAUCCAAUGCAAAAGAGGCUGGUGAAUCAUCGCGUGCAAAACGUUUUGGUCGUGGGAUUUCCACAAUUAAAGAUCUUAUAAAAACGACGAAUUCAGGUAAACCUAUCAACAAGGAUGAUAUUCCACCAGAGGUGACUGUUAAUACGCAAAAACGAGAACCACCUGUGGAACCAACAAGGCCUGCUCCUUUGCCUCCAAGUGCAGUAGAGUCACCAGUAGAGGAGGAUAUUAAAACUGUUGAAAUGACAGAUGAUAGCAGAAGUAAGAUUGCCUUGUUGAAUGAAAGAAAAGAUGAAUAUAAAAAUGCAGCUCUAAGAGCUAAGAAGUCUGGCAAUGUUCCCACUGCUUUGACAUAUGUGAAAAUAAUUAAACAGUUUGAUUUUAUAAUAAAGGCUAUUGAGAAUGGCGAAACUGUAGAUUUAAGCAACAUGCCAGGACCUCCUGUUGAUGAAACCAGACCCAAAGAAGAAAUUCAGGUACAAACCCAGAACACUGAAGAACCCAUUGAUGUAAAGGCUAUUGAAGAACAGGAAGUUCAAUUAAUACCUGCAAGUUCAGUUGGUGAAGCUUUACAGCAACGUUUGGAUAUUUACAAAGAACAAGAACAAGCUGCCAAGGAGCAGGGUAAUUCUAGCAAGGCAAGGCGAAUGGGUCGCAUCGUAAAGCAAUAUGAAAAUGCUAUAAAAUUAAACAACCAAGGUAAACCCAUUCCGGUAGACGAAUUACCAACUCCACCUGGAUAUGCGCCUAUACCAGUUCCUGGUGCGGAAAAACCACCAGCACCAGAAGUUUCCAAACCUGUCGCACCCACUCCUCCACCAAGAGAUUCUCCAAGUACAAAACCUGCAGUACCUGCAAGAACUUCUGGUAACCACAUACCAACAACAAGAAUGGAGAAGCAGAUAAUUUUAUUAAAAGACAGACAGAGGGAGUUCAAAGAAGCUGCACUUAAUGCUAAGAAGAAAGGCGAAAUAAACCAAGCAAAAGAGUAUUUAAGAAACGCGAAGAGGAUAGAUCCUUUAAUUGAAGCUGCACAGGGCGGUUUACCGGUGGAUAUUUCAUCCUUGCCGAUUCCUCCAUCAGCAAAAUCACAGUUGGAUUUGGAAUAUGAAUUAGUAAUGGCCGAUGAGUGUGUCGAAGAUGAUGCCGGAGUAAUGGAUGUGAUCAGCAGGUUGGAAGCGCAGUUAACAAAACAAUUGAAAAUGUGUUUAACCACUAGAGAUCAUCAUAAAGCAUUAGGCGAUGUAGCUGGAACAAAUCGUUUCGAACGGUUAGCUUUGAGCGUAACGAAGGACUUGGAUUUAGUUAGAAUUGCAAAAAGAACGAACGGUGCAGCCAUACCAAAGUUUCAUCACGAAUCUCGUAACUUUUCAAUUGUUAAAAGCUUCACAGAUCUAAAUGACAAUGAUUUGCAAUUGAGCAUUAUUAGUGGUAUAAACUACAAUUGCGCAAAUCCAAAGGAUAUAGAUACAUACGUUAAAUUUGAAUUCCCAUAUCCACAGGAAGAACCUUACAGAGAUAAAACAUCAACCAUUAAAGACACCAAUAAUCCCGCAUAUAAUGCCGAUUUCAUAAUUCCUAUUCAGCGCACUUCCAGGCCUUGUUUGAGAGUCUUUAAAAGACAUGCUGUUAAAUUAGAAGUGUUCUCCAAAGGCUGUUUUGCUAGCGACUGGGGUUGUUGUUGCAGGGGUUUCUUCAGGAGCGAUAGCCUGCUGGGAACUGCAACAGUUAAGUUACAACCGUUGGAAACUCAAUGUGAAAUCCACGAAAGUUUCGAUUUAAUGGAUGGAAGGAAAAAGGUCGGCGGGAAAUUGGAAGUGCGAAUCAGAGUGCGCGAUCCUCUGAUUAGCAAAGAAGUCCAACAGCUUUCUGAAAGAUGGCUAGUUGUCGAUCACUAAAUUUUAAUAAAAUCACAGUUUUAAUUCAAGUUGCUUUUAUAUUUCUUAUGGAUGCUAGAAAUAAUGAUCAGUGAAGCUUUACUACGGAUGCCGACGAUUGCAAUAAGGGUUUUAUGACUUCAGCACUUGUAGAUCUUCCGCAGCAUCGACGAGGAAACAUUUAUUUUUUUUAUAUCUAUUUAACUAGUCUAAUGUUGUUGCUUUAAAGGUAGUUUAGAAUAUUCGACGAAAAUAAACAAAAUACACUAGAAUUGUGACUUUCGACGUUUUUAUUUUCAGUUUUAAAAUAUAUGUGCCGAAAACCGGUGAUUUCUAGAUAAUUGUCAGUUUAUCUACUCAAAUCAGUGUAAUUAAUGAGGAAGCACACAAUCUUGUUUUUAUUAAAUAUUGUUCAGAUUAUUAAUUGAAAAAAAAUUGUUUGAUAUUAUUAUCUUUGUGAUGUUG